AUGCGGCGAGCCAGCCGAGACUACAGCAAAUACUUGCGGGGCUCCGAGGAGCUGGGCGGUGGCAACGCCCACGACAGCGCCCCGCCGCCGCCUGCCCCGCCGCAGGCGGCCCCGCCGCUGCCGGCACACCCGCACCCGCCGCCCGCCUCCCGCUCGCUCCUGGCCGCCCUCGUCCUGCUGGGGCUGGGGCAGGUGGUGUGCAGCGUGGCCCUCUUCCUCUACUUCCGAGCUCAGAUGGACCCUAGUAGAAUUUCAAAAGAAGAUGCACACUGUGUCAGAAUGCUUUUCAGAUCUCCAGAAAGUAUAGGUUUGCAAGAUACACCGUUUGAAAAUCAAGAUGUGAAGUUAAUGCCGGAAUCAUGUAGAAGGAUGAAACAGGCUCUCCAAAGAGCUGUGCAAAAGGAAGUCCAGCGUAUCCUGGGGAGAGAAACACCAAGACCAGAAAAAGCUGCAAUGGAGGCAUUAGGAAUGGAUCUGUACAAAAGAAAUAAGCCUGAGAAGCAGCCUUUUGCCCAUCUCAUUAUUGAUGAUAAGAAUAUUCCAUCAGGAACUCGUAAAGUGAACCUUACAUCCUGGCAUCAUGACAAAGGCCAGGCAAACUUAUCAAAUAUGACGUUUAAUGAUGGGAAACUAAUUGUUAAUCAAGAUGGAUUUUACUACCUGUAUGCCAACAUCUGUUUUAGACAUCAUGAAACUUCAGGAAACCUGACUAAAAGAGGGCUUCAGCUGAUGGUGUAUAUGACUAAGACAAACCUUAAAAUAAGGCGCUCUGAUGUGUUGAUGAAGGGAGGAAGCACCAAAUACUGGUCAGGGAAUUCAGAAUUCCAUUUUUAUUCUGUAAAUGUAGGAGGGUUUUUUAAAUUAAAAUCUGGUGAAAUGAUAAGUAUCCAGGUAUCAAACCCAUUGCUACUGGAUUCAUCACAAGAAGCAACUUACUUUGGGGCAUUUAAAGUAAGGGAUUUAGACUGA